AUGUUCUCUCGACGAGCCUUGAUUGCGGCCACCAGAUCCGCCCGCACCCUGACCCGUCCACAACCUCACAUUCCUCGAGCUCAAUUCUCGGCCGCGCCAUGUCUCAAGGCGGUUGGAGAGGUGGAUGACCCGGAGAUGAACGGAGGAUAUAUCAACCCGCCACGGGUCAAGCGACAGUACCGUGAUCCCUACGCAGACUGGGACGAUAAGCAAGAACGACGCAACUUCGGUGAACCCGUUCAUGAAGACAAUGAGGUCUUGGGCAUGUUCGCUCUUGAAGAUUACAACCAUAUGACGCCUUCGCGAGGUCUACUGCUGUGGGCAGGCUUCAUCUCUGCGAUAUUGGGUCUCAGCUACGCCGUGUCGGUGACAUACCCAGGCAAACCAAGUACGCCAAAGGAAUACCCGGGAGGGUUGGAUCGAGAGCUAGGAGGUUCGGGGGCUGUGCGAGCAUUCCAGCAAGGCGAUGAAAUUGAAGGAUGA